UCAUCAUAAACCGCCGUAUCGACGAGUGCUGGCUGGUGCGCGCGUUCUCAGUCAGUUCUCCGCAGAUCACAAACGUUGUUUGAUCAGAUCGGUUUGGAAUCGUGUCGCGGGCUUCGGUCGCGUCGUCGGGUCACAUUGUUGAUAUAAUCGGGCGGUUUGUUCUGUGAUCUCUGAGCUCUGGGUGAUCGAGUUGUGUCAGCGAAAUCUUGAUCUGAGCCCUGUUUUGGUGUUAUCACGCCGCGUGUGUAAUUAGAUAAAAUAUGUAUUUCCAGAUCCAUUUAAAUAAAUGAACGGUGCAGUGCGGUUAAUUGUAUGUUAAUUGAUUGGAUAGACACACUGUCGUUGUUACCUGUAAUGGAAUGCGGUGAUGGUUUUACCGGAUUUUGCUAAUGAGUGUUGACCAUAUGGUGCAGAUUACAAAUCUUGUCGUUCAUUAACAUGGAAUCCAUUCGGUCAAGUAAUUGUUAUGACCAAAUUCGAAUGUUCGAAUAAUUUAACUAAGACCAAUUUGGAAUCUGCCCUCGAGAUCGUACAGUAAGUUGCUGUCUGCCUAUAUGUAGCAUGAAUCAUUGAAUAUUCAACCUUGUUGAACUCUUAUCGCUUUUGCACUGUUAAUUGAACCACCCGAUUUAUAGUUAACAACAAUCAGGCAGUAAAAUUUGAAUCAAUCUAAGUGAGACGAGAGUGUCGAACAGAAACCGCGGUUGUGAACUAGCUAGUCUAUAAUUAAUGAAACGCAACAUCCAUCGGUGAGGUUUGUGUGAAAAUUAACCGAUUUCAAGUGCUCGUGCCAUAAAGGCAAAUGGGGAACAAGUGCAGUACAAGCAGUUGCGGUGGAUGUUUCGGGGGUUGUUCUGGAGAACAUAAGGCCAGUGAUAGCUGUUGCAGUUGCUGCGGGAUGCGAUUCAGAAGAGUAUGGAAACCUGCACGGGUCGACACGGGUGAACGGGGGCGUCUCAUGGCAGGACAUAAUCCACUGGCUAAGCCAAUGAUGGAGAUGAAGGACAUGGAUGUUGUAGACGCCCCCUCAGCCGAUGUGCUGACGAUCAAAAAGGUAGACAUGUGUAUCGAUGAGAACGGAAAGCUGCAUCAUACGAAGCGGUACGAGCUGAUGACCCGUGAUGGCCAAGUUGGACCUCCUGCUCGGUUGGUGGUCCGAAGGGGUCAAGCCUUCCGUCUGCGAUUACAUUGUGAUCGACCUUUCGAUCGUAGUCGCGAUGCGAUGAGUUUGAUAUUCACCGUUGACGGGGAAGAACGGCCAACACACGGCCAUGGAUCGCUGGUUGGGGUUGCCCUUCAACAGUAUCGUCACUUGAUCGAGGAUCCACUGGAAUGGGGAGCCGCUAUCGACUUCAUCAGUGGGGACAUGUUGGAGAUCUUGGUGAAGCCAGCGGCAACUGCUGCUGUAACCAGGUGGAAGCUGGACUUUGAUACGAAACUGUUGAGCGAAGGAUUUGGGAAGAGUUAUUCACUGCCGCAAUCGUUUUAUUUGCUGUUCAAUCCUUGGUGCAAGGAUGAUCAGGUGUAUUUGGAAGAGAAACCGCUUCGCGACGAAUGCGUUAUGAACGAUACAACGUUGAUCUGGAGAGGAUCCUACAAUCGGUUGCGACCUUCGGUGUGGAAAUUCGGCCAGUUUGAGAGGCACGUUCUGGACUGCUCACUGCUGUUGAUCGACAAGGUCGGUAAGGUAAGUGCCACUCAUCGGGGUGAUCCGAUUCGCGUUUGUCGUGCCAUUUCGGCAGCGGUCAACUCGCCAGAUGAUGAUGGAGCAUUACUCGGCAACUGGAGUGGCGAUUUCUCGGGUGGAACCGCACCCACCAAGUGGGUCGGGUCGGUAGAAAUUAUGCAGCAAUACUAUAAAAAGCAGAAACCUGUUAAAUUUGGCCAGUGUUGGGUAUUUGCCGGAGUUGUUUCCACAAUUGCUAGAGCGAUUGGAAUCCCGUCUCGCGUGGUCACAAACUACUCAUCGGCCCACGAUACGCAGGCUUCGCUAACGGUAGACUAUUUCGUAGACCAGAACGGAAAGGUCAUGGAGGAGUUGAAUUCGGAUUCCAUCUGGAACUAUCACGUUUGGAAUGAGGUGUGGAUGCAGCGUCCCGAUUUGGGAAUUAGUUCGGACGGGGAUUACGGGGGUUGGCAAGCGAUCGAUUCUACGCCUCAGGAGAUGUCAGAUGGUAUGUUCCGCUGUGGACCCGCCUCGGUACUGGCAGUCAAACUGGGAGAGAUCGCAAAACCAUACGACAAUAACUUUUUGUUUGCUGAGGUGAAUGCAGAUAAAGUUUUCUGGAGAUACACCGGACCAGCCCAUCCGCUGAAGUUGCUUCGGAAGGAUGUUCUGGGGAUUGGUCACUUUAUAAGUACUAAGGCUGUUGGAAAAUGGGAGCGAGAGGAUAUCACUAGUAGCUAUAAGUUUGCCGAGAAAUCACAGGAGGAGCGAGAUACCAUGAUGAAAGCUCUGAAGCAGGCAAAUAGUGCAUUCAGUAGAUACUACUUGAAUGAGGACUUCAACGAGGUUUACUUUAAUUUUGAAUUGAGGGACGACAUCAAAAUAGGAGAGAAUUUCUCAGUGAUUCUACAAAUUAAAAAUCGAUCGUCAGAAAUGGUUCACGUCGUCAAAGGUUCGCUGAAUGUGGAAACUGUCCUCUACACGGGAAAAGAACGAGAAAUGGUGAAAUCCGACCAUUUUACCAUAACCGUGAAGCCAAACACGGAAGAGUUCGUCAAGUUGGUGGUCACAUUUGAGGAAUACUUCAAAAAGUUGCGGGAUCAGGCGGCGUUCAACAUUUCAUGUUUCGCCACUGUCGAGGAGACGGAAUACGAGUUUUUCGCUCAAGAUGACUUCCGCGUUCGUAAGCCUGACAUCAAGAUCAAACUGUCCGACGCUCCGGUAUCGCAGAGCCCCGUGGAUGUUACCAUAUCUCUAUUGAAUCCUCUUCCCAUUCCUCUCAGGAAAGGUAUUUUCCACGUAGAAGGAUCGGGAAUCGAGAGUCCGUUAAUUUUCAAGCAUUCGGACGUCGCCGUUGGAGAGACGAUCACAAAUACUUUCAGCUUGACUCCGGAGUUUGCCGGUCGUGCUACGAUUGCUGCCAAGUUCACUUCCAAGGAGCUGGACGAUGUUGAUGGUUUUCUUGCCUUCGAAGCUAAACCUCGACCGGAAGAUGUGCUGAUGGAAACCAGCGACAAUGAAAUCAUUGCCCGGACAGAUGUUAUCGAUUGAUUGUUGAUUGAUGUGACGCGUAAUGCUUUGAUGUGUUCAAGAAAUGCAUGUAUUGGUCGUAUUUAUUGGAAGCCAAAUAUCGAAUGGAUUUGUACAAGUUUUGAUCGUAUUUAUGAAUGUGUUAUUCUACUUACUGACUUAUGUAUAACAUUUGAAUCAAGUUAAUAUAUUAUAUUUAUAGUAA